AUGGCGGAAAUUGACACGGGACUGCUGCCACUAGGGGAGCGAAUUCCCUACUGGAAGUUGAUUCUUGAUCAAGGUGUCAUCACAAACCGAAUCAUCACCCAUGAGUACAAGGGGUCCGGCACAGAGGAGGAUCCCUACCUGGUGACCUGGAUUUCACAAGAUCCUCGCUCACCCCAGCAGUUUCGGAAGCUCACAAAGUGGCUGUACACUCUGUUGGUAGCAAUUGCGACUCUAGCAGUCGCGCUGGUCAGCUCAGCCUUCAGCGGCGGUCUUGCAGAAAUCCUGGAGGAAUUUAAGGUGGAUCAGGAAAUUGGAACUCUAGGCCUGUCGCUUUUUGUGGUUGGGUUUGCUGUUGGUCCGCUGCUCUGGGCUCCGUUGAGUGAAAUGUAUGGCCGACAGAUUCUGUUCUUCGUCAGCUAUGCUGGCCUCACUGCGUUCAAUGCAGGAGUAGCGGGCGCGCAGAAUAUAUGGACUUUGAUUAUCCUUCGAUUCUUUGCCGGUGCUUUCGGGUCGUCCCCUUUGACUAACGCUGGCGGCGUAAUUGCAGAUAUGUUUGCAGCAAGCGACCGUGGGCUGGCAAUGACGCUUUUCGCAUCAGCACCCUUCCUGGGGCCUGUUCUCGGACCGAUAAUUGGUGGUUUUCUGGGUAUGAAUGCUGGCUGGAGGUGGGUGAUGGGUUUUCUGGCAGCAUUCUCGGGCGCAUUGUGGAUUGUCUGCUCUCUGCUUGUGCCCGAAACCUACGGCCCUGUGCUUUUGCAACGACGAGCGGCGCGUCUGUCCAAGCUCACUGGCAAAGUAUAUGUCAGCAUUCACGAUGCGGAGAACGGAAAGAUUUCGAUAUCAGAGGCCUUUAAAAUUUCACUUUCCCGCCCCUUGGUUUUACUCUUUCGUGAGCCCAUCGUGCUCCUCCUUUCGAUUUACAUGGCGAUUAUAUAUGGUACCCUGUACAUGUGCUUCGGCGCAUUUCCGAUUGUGUUUGAGGGCGAGCGCCACUGGAACCAAGGUGUAGCAGGCUUGGCCUUCCUUGGUGUGAUGGUAGGCAUGAUUCUAGCCAUGGUGUAUAGCAUCUUCGACAAUAAGCGCUAUAUACGCAACCAAGAAAAGAACUCUGGGUUUGCACCUCCCGAGGCCCGCCUACCUCCGUGCCUUGUGGGUAGCAUUACAGUUCCAUUUGGCCUUUUCUGGUUUGCCUGGACCACUUUCCCAGCAGUGCACUGGACUGUUCCGAUUAUUGCAGCCGCACCCUUUGGUUUUGGAAUGGUGCUUGUAUUUCUAUCUGUGAUGAAUUACCUCAUUGACGCCUACACGAUUUACGCGGCGUCUGUGCUCGCCGCAAAUUCGGUCCUUCGCUCGCUCUUUGGUGCCGCCUUUCCUCUCUUCACAACCCAGAUGUAUAGCAAUCUAGGCACCCAGUGGGCCUCUAGUGUCCCCGCCUUUCUGGCCCUCGCAUGCGUUCCAUUCCCGUUCCUCUUCUAUCGCUAUGGCCCAGCCAUCCGGGAAAAAUGCAAAUUCGCCGCGGAAUCAGAGGCCUUUGUGCGCAGGCGCGGUGAGCAAACACAAACACAAAGUGACAGCCAAGGUGUUGUUGAUCGCGAUGUCGAGCGAGACAGCAACAGCUUUUCCUAG